AUGAUCAAACAUUGUCAACUUUUAAGAGCAAUAUUUGCAAGCAAGCUAUUAUUAGAGCAGGAGUCUGAAACAGAUUGGGAUGCAGCUAACCUUAGUGAAGAUGAAAUCCCAAAAUCCAAUAGCCAAGUACAAACGAAGAAAUACACCUGCAACGUCUGCUGCAAACAGUUCGCAUAUCAUGGCUCAUUAGAGGUCCAUUUACUCACGCACAGCGGCGAGCGAAGCUAUCAGUGUCUGAUAUGUAAUUGCAAGUUUCCCCUGAGCAAGGACUUAACAAAGCACAUUUCCCUCAAACAUUCUAACGGCGGGGUGUACCCCUGUAACAAGUGCACGAAGACAUUCGACAAGGCUCGACUCCUGAAGAGCCAUCUAUCGAGUCACUCCAACAGUGACAAGUUCAAGUGCCACCACUGCGACAAGUUGUUUCAAAGGAAGAAGGGCCUCAAGGAGCACAUGAAAACUCACACUAAGGAGAAGAACUUCACGUGCCAAAUAUGCCACAAGUCAUUCGGGCACAACCAGACACUGAAGUCCCAUAUAUUGACUCACACGGGAGAGAAGCCGUACGUCUGUGACGUGUGCGGUCGCCGUUUCGCCCAGCGGACUCAUCUCAAGCGGCACAUCUUCAUCAUCCAUACAGGCGUCAAGCCGUACUCGUGCUUGGAAUGCAACAAGCAGUUCUCGAGCAAGAGCUACCUGGCGAUACACGCGCGCCAGCACACAGGCGAGCGACCGCACACGUGCGAAGUUUGCAAGAAGGACUUCACCGCGUACACGACCCUGAAGGUCCACAUGCGGGUGCAUACUGGGCGAAAGCCGUACGCGUGCAGCUUCUGCGACCGGCAGUUCGCUCAAAUGGCCAGUUUCAAGCUGCACGAGCGCACGCACACCGGCGAGCGGCCGUACACGUGCGCGGUGUGCAAAAAGCCGUUCUCCGACAACGGCUACUUGGAAGAUCCACAUGCGCGUCCACACGGGCGAGAAGCCAUACAGCUGCGAGGUGUGCAAGCGCUCCUUCAGGGAGACCGGGCAGCUGAAACGCCACAUGAGGGUCCACACCGGCGUCAAGCCGUACACCUGCAAGAUAUGCAACAAGCAGAUCGGCAACUUGUCGAAGCACAUGCGCGUACACUCCGACGUGAGGCCCUACAACUG